AUGGCUUCCUGUCGGGAGUUUGAGGUGUGUGUCCACACCUCACCUGGCCUCACCUGUGGGACCUUCAGCCGUCUGUGGCUCAACCUGAUUGGCUCUCAGGGGGAGACUCCGCCCAUCAGUGUGAGGGAGGGAGAACAUCUCCUGCCCGGCUCGUCACGUGCGGUUCGGGUCCGGGCCAGCGGUCCUUUUGGUCGUCUGCUUCUGGUCCGGCUUCGCCUGGAGGCUCGGAACGGUUUCCCCAACCUGGACUGGCACUGCAGCCGGGUGGAGGUCCGCGGGCUGGCCGACGGGCCGGAGACAGAUCCAGAAGUGUUCCUGUGUGACCGAUGGCUGAGACCAGCAGAUGGCGACGUGGAGCUGUGGAGCGGAAAGUUGUGUUUGCUGAAGGACGAGACAGAAGAGAAGCUGAAGCAGCAGCGACUCAGACAGCUGCAGAAUCAACAGAAACUCAUCAGAUGGCGUAAGUUUGUCGAGGGCGCCCCUCAGUGUGUUGACGUGAGCAGUGUGUCAGAACUCGGGCCGAACCUCAGCUACACACACACCAGUCCGCCCACUAACCUGCACUACCUGAAAGGCUUCGCUGGCCGAGAGGAGGCCUGGGAGAGUUUCACAAAGCUGGAGACGGUUUUCGCCCACAGCGGACACCAGAACGACAUCGCCAAGUUCAUUAAGGAUCACUGGAUGGAGGAUUGGUACUUUGGCUACCAGUGUCUGAACGGCUGCAACCCGCUGAUGCUGCGUCAGACCCGACACCUCCCUCCGAACCUCUCCGUCACCUCUGACAUGCUCCGCCCCUUCCUGUCCGCAGGCUCCUCCCUCGAGCAGGAGCUACAGAAAGGGACCAUCUACCUGUUGGACUACGAGGUUCUGGACGGUGUCCCGGCUAACGUGGUCAACGGGAAGCAGACGUACCUGUCGGCUCCACUGGUCCUCCUCCACCUGAACCAGCAGGGCCAGCUGGUCCCCAUCGCCAUCCAGUUGCAGCAGAGCCCCGGGCCUCACAACCCGGUCUUCCUGCCCUCUGACCCCGGCUGUGAUUGGCUGCUGGCUAAGAUGUGGGUGCACAGCGCAGACUUCCAGUGUCACCAGUUGGCCACCCACUACCUGCGCACGCACAUGCUGGGAGAGCUGUGCUGCGUGGCCACGCUGAGGCAGCUGCCAGAGCCACACCCGCUGCACCAGUUGCUGAUGCCGCACGUCAGGACGUGUCUGCAGAUCAACCUGAGGGCCCGGGCGUCUCUGCUGGCCGCUGACGGCGUGUUCGACAAGGCGAUUGGUUGUGGUCUGGACGCGUUGCCGGUCUUCCUGUCCCGGGCGUCUCAGAGGAUUCGUUACAGGUCUCUGUGCGUCCCUGAAGACCUGAUGGAGCGCGGCGUGGACACGCUGCCGCAGAGCUACUACGCCCAGGACGCACGGAGGAUCUGGGACACGCUGCACAGGUUUGUGAUCAGCUGGGUAGAUGUGUAUUACCAUGGAGACGACGCGGUCCAGCAGGAUUCUGAGCUACAACACUGGAUCACCGACAUCAACACACACGGCUUCAACAACAACUCAGGUUUCCCUCCGUCUCUUCGGACCAAAGCAGAAGUGUCAAAGUUCGUCACCAUGAUCAUCUUCAGCUGUUCAGCUCUCCACGCUGCCGUUAACUUCUCCCAGUUGGAUUUCGCUCUCUGGAUACCAAACUGUCCGGCCUUCAUGUCCCGUCCUCCGCCGCGGGUCAAAGGCUCGGUGACGGAGGAUGACAUCACUUCCUUCCUGCCGGAUGUGAGCUCGUCUGUUCGUGUCCUGAUGGUGUUGACCAUGCUGUCGCUGCCUGCUGUUAACUAUGUUCCUCUGUGUCACUACAAGGAGGAGGUCUUCAGCGACGGCGCCCACCGCAGGCUGGUGGCUCAGGUGCAGGACGAGCUCAAGGCCAUUUCUGAUGACAUCACACAGCGCAACAGCCAAUUGGAGCUGCCGUAUCCGUACCUCUGUCCCGGACGCAUUGAGAACAGCGUGGCCAUUUAAAUCUGCUCCUUCAGCAUUCAUUCCCUUUUCAUUCUUGUGUUUUCGUUCCGUCAACCAGGCAACCUUUUGUUUUUCUGGGUCAAAAUUUAAAAUUGUCGUCUUUUUCGACACUUUUGUCCCUCUUCCCGAUGUUUGUGUUACUUUAUUUGAUGUUUUGAACAGAAUAAACUAAUAAAUAGGCAUUGUUGCAUACUUGAUCAUAUAAGCUGUUGAUAAGGAUCUUAUUUAAAGUGGCUGUUGUCUGAAUUUAUGAACCUGAUGACAAAAGGAAUA